AUGUCUACUCACGUGUAUGAAAAUUCCGUUGACUUUGGUGACAUAGAACAGAAGAUGAAAAGCUUUAUAAACAGUAAAUUUCGUUUAAGAAAUAAAUGUCAAUAUGAAGCAUUUGCUUUAAAAUUAGAAUUUAGUAAAAUAAUUGUUGAGAUUCGGCAGAUAAUUGAAGAUUACAAAGACCAAGAAUUUCCUGAUAUUUAUGAACACCUUAGAAUGAUUCGAACUGUGAAUCAAACUUUUCAUGAUUGGAUGAUGCUAAAUGUGGGUAACAUUUCUGAAACUGUUGGAUUUAAUAAAGUUGGAUCACCAAGGGCAAAUUCAACUCCAGCACACAAGAUAGAAAGCGAAAAAUUUGAUGAAAAGUUUAAAAAUACUCAAACUAGUUUGGUUACACCUCUUUCAAAAACUUAUGAAGGAACAUAUCGAGCCGUUAGAAAUUUUCAUGAUAUGUUAAAUCAAUUACAACAUCCUUGCACAUCAUAUGGUAGUUCAAAGCAAAACUCCUUUGUCAAGAAACCAAAAUUCAAUGUCAGCCGUACACAAUUACCACGUAGACGAAUGAAUUUUUCAAAAUCCUUUUUAAGUGGAACACCACAAACACAAUAAAUCACAAAAUGUUAUUUUUUUUUAAAUAAUAAAAACAAGGAAAAUGCGAAAUAUGACUG